UAACAUCUACAUUGACGUCUUCCUCGUUCCUGUCCCUCCUAAAGAUCUGGGACUCUUACAGCUUCUUCUGCUUGGAAGUGGCAGCAGUUCGGGACGUCUUCGUGUAAAGGAACGGCACCUGGUCCUUCGUGAAGAAAUAAUGAUCUCAGGAACUUAUUUAGAAACUUUAUAGCUAGAUUUAACUAUAACUGGUCAAUGUUCAGUGUGUAAACGGGGUUUAGUUUCUCUGUGUUUUUUGUCUGGAGCGAGAAAUCUCAAUGGUGCUGCUGAGCAAGGGUGAUUAUGUCUGGAUGGACUCCGGGGUCGGGGUCCCAAUCGGGGCUCGUGUGAAAAUGUUAGACGGCAAGAAGGUGCUUCUGCUGGACGAUGAGGGAAAGGAGCGGAGUGUGUCGGCGAGCGAGCAGACGUCCCUCAGACUCAUGCACCCCACGUCGGUGGAGGGAGUGGACGAUAUGAUCAAGCUGGGUGAUCUGACCGAGGCCGGCGUGCUCAGGAACCUGCUGAUCCGACACAAACGGGACAGCAUCUACACGUACAUCGGCUCGGUGUUGGUGGCCAUGAACCCGUAUCAGCUGCUGCCCAUCUACACGGCGGAUCAGGUGCAUCUGUACCACGGCCGGCGUCUGGGUGAACUGCCCCCUCACGUCUUUGCUAUAGCAGACUGCUGCUACUACAACAUGCGGAGAAAGCAGUGUAACCAGUGCUGCAUCAUCAGUGGGGAGUCGGGAGCAGGAAAGACGGAAAGUACGAAGCUGAUCCUGCAGUUUCUGGCAGCAGUGAGCGGACAGCACUCGUGGAUCGAGCAGCAGAUUCUGCAGGCGAACCCAGUACUGGAAGCUUUUGGAAACGCCAAAACAACACGAAACGACAACUCGAGCCGCUUUGGGAAGUACAUCGAGAUCUUCUUUAAUAAAGACGGUGUGAUUGAAGGAGCUCACAUGGAGCAGUACCUGUUGGAGAAAUCUCGUGUCUGCCAUCAGGCACCUAUGGAGAGAAACUACCACAUUUUUUACUGCCUUCUUUCUGGGAUGCCCAAAGAACAAAAAAAUGCCCUUUCACUCAGUGAUGCGGCACAGUUCAAAUAUCUCACUGAGGGAAACUGCAUCUCGUGUGAAGGACGUGAUGACGAGGAAGACUUCGGCCUCAUCCGCACCGCCAUGAAAGUCCUCACCUUCUCUGACAGGGAAUGCUGGGACAUAUUUAAACUGCUGGCAGCGAUUCUUCACCUGGGCAACGUUGUGUUUGCAGCCGGCACAAUGAAUAACAUGGACUCGUGUGAGGUUUUAUCAUCAGACCAUUUCACUGUUGCUGCUAAGUUAUUAGAGGUUGAUAAAUCACACCUGGACACCAGUUUGACCUCUCGCACUUUUAUAACCAAACAAGAGCAACUGACGAAACCUCUAAGUUCAGACCAGGCUCUGGAAUGCAGGGACGCUCUGGCCAAGGCUAUUUACAUGAAACUAUUUAUGUGGAUUUUUGGGAAAAUGAACAGCGCCAUCCAUCAACAGCAGAUGAGCAACUCCGGCAAUCAGUGGAAGUCCAUCGGUCUGCUGGAUAUAUUCGGCUUUGAGAAUUUCCAAGUCAACAGUUUUGAGCAGCUGUGCAUUAAUUAUGCUAACGAGCGGCUGCAGCAGUUCUUUGUGGAGCACAUCUUCAAGCUGGAGCAGGAGGAGUACCUCAAAGAGGGUGUGACAUGGAAGAACAUCUCCUUCAUCGAUAACCAGCAUACGAUCAACCUGCUGGCUGUACAGCCGCUCAACCUGCUGUCUCUGAUUGAUGAGGAGACCCUAUUCCCCAAGGGCACAGACAAGUCCAUGUUGGACAAAAUGAACAACAAACAUCAUUCAAAUAAAAUCUACAUCCCACCCAAGUCCAACCACGUCCUGCAGUUCGGUGUCCGACAUUUUGCCGGUGUCGUCUUUUACGACUGUAAAGGGUUUCUGGAGAAGAACCGAGACAUGUUGAGUUCGGAUAUCAUCACGCUGAUCCAGAAAUCCUCCAGCAAGCUGCUCAGGCAGAUCUUUGAGAUGGAGCUGAACAACUGCCGAGUCAAACCUGUCAACAACAACAACAACAACCACCACAGGAUCAUCAUCACACAGAAGAAACCCACACGGCCGUUACAGCAGGGGAACGAGCAGCGGAGACAGAUCACACUGAUCGGUCAGUUCAGACAGUCUCUGGACAAGCUGAUGACGACCCUGUCUAUGUGCCAGCCGUUCUUCAUCCGCUGCUUCAAACCCAACGACACAAAGCUCUCCAUGGUGUUCGAUCGGGAUCUGUGCACGCAGCAGCUGCGUUAUUCCGGCGUCUUGGAGACUAUCAAAGUCCGCAAACUGGGAUAUCCAAUUCAGCACAAGUUCAAAGAUUUCCUGGGACGUUAUCGAGUUUUACUGAAGACCAUCGACUGUGACCCCAACAAGGAGUCUGUGUCUGACUGCUGUAACGCCAUCUGCAAAGCCGUCAUUAAAUGUGAAGACGACUGGAGAAUCGGCAAGACCAAGAUCUUCCUCAAGGAUCAUCAUGACUCGUUUCUGGAGCAGGAGAGAGAGCGAGAGCUCAACAGGAAAGCACUCAUCAUCCAGAGAGUGAUGCUCGGCCACAGAGACAGGAAGAAUUUCAUCAGGAAAAGAAGUGCAGCUGUGACUGUGCAGAAAAACUGGCGCUCUUACAGAGUCCGAAAAGAGUUCAUGAAACUGCGUCAGGGUUUGUUGCGUCUCCAGGCCGUGUUACGCACCAAGCAGGGUUUCUUGCAGUACAGACGCAAACGAGCCGCUGCUGUCGUACUGCAGAACCACACACGCAGCUACCUGACUAGGAAAAACCUGAAACGCAGACAAGAUGCUGCCAUACUGCUGCAGACGCAAAUCAGAGGCCUGCUCGCCAGGAAACAACUCAAACGCCUUAAAGAGGAUGCGUUUUUGUCAGCCCAGGAACGUGAGGAACGGGAACUGGAAGCUCUGGAGCUCCAGCGCAGACACAUUGAAACCAAUCGCCAAACAAGUGAGACUGAAGAUAGCGAAGAGGAGGAUACGAGUCAUGAGGAAAUGGUGGAAAAGGAGUUUCAAUUCCUUCCGAGCCCCACAGAAAGAUCGGAGGAACCGAGGCAAGACAAUACACAGCAAGAACAAACCGUGGAUUUGAAGCAGGAUGAAGAUGAAGAGGUGUUGCAGAUUGUGAUUACUCCAGCUACUAAUAACAACCCAGCUGAAGUAGAGGAAGAAAAAGAAGAAGAUGAAGAUGAAGAUGAAGAUGAUGACGAGUUCUCAUUUACAAACUUCUGUGCCCUACAUUUCCAGCAUUCUGCUACUCAUACACACAUCCAGCAGAGGCUGAAGCAGCCGCUGCUUUACCACGAGGACGAACGAGACACGCUGGCCAGUCUGACCGUUUACUGGAUCAUCAUGAGGUUCAUGGGUGAUAUUCCUGAGCAGAGCAAGGCUCGUCAGUCUCUAACCCCCAACCUGAUCCAGCAGCACCUUGGCCAGCGCCAGGGUCGGCGUAUCAGUCACCUCAUUGGUUUGGAACAGGUGAAAAACAAACUCGGCCACAAUAAGAGGAAACACUCCACCAUUCUAGAGAAUUUCCAGUUAAACAUGGAAGAAAUGGACGAAGAAGACGAUGUUCUGAUCGGAGAAGGACCCAGUUUGGAUCGUCCCAUGACCUCCUUGGAGAAACUGCACAUCAUUGUAGGAUAUGCCUUACGCAGACCUCACAUUCGAGAUGAGAUCUACUGUCAGAUCUGUAAGCAGCUGACAAAGAAUAAGAACCAGAGGAGCUGUAAGCAAGGCUGGAUUCUUCUCUCCAUCUGCCUGGGGAUCUUCCCUCCAACUGAGCUCCUGAUUCAAUACCUGGAGCAUUUUAUUCAUCGUGGUCCGGCUGAGUUCUCCUCCUCUUGCGCCGAACGCCUCCGGAGAACUCUGAUUAACGGCGAGAGGAAGGAAGUGCCGUGCUGGAUGGAGCUACAUACCACAGAGACGAAGAAGCCCAUCACUGUGGACGUGACCCUGAUGGACGGGCGUGUCCUUACACUGCCUAUAGACUCGUCCAGCACUUCAUCAGAGCUCUGCAGUGCCAUCGCAGAGAAGAUCGGUCUAAAGGAUAUGUACGGAUUCUCGCUCUACAUCUCCUACCGAGAGAAGAACUGGUCUCUGGGCAGCAGCAGGUAUCAUGUACUGGAUGCCGUUUCACUGUGUGAGCAGGAUGAGAAGAGGAAAAGAGGUGAGGAGAAGGGAGCUCAGUGGAGUGUCUCGCUCCGGAAAGAGCUCUUCACUCCGUGGCAUGACUGCACUGCUGACCUCAUCAGCACAGAGCUCAUAUACACACAGAUCAUCCACAACCUCAAGUCUGGAGAGUAUCAGUGUGAUAAGGAGGACGACUACGUGCAGCUCGCAGCAAAGCAUUAUUACAUAAAGUACGGCACAGAGAGCAGCAUGGAGAAGGCCAAAGGCAUCGUGUGGGAGUGUCUGAGCCUCAAUCUGAUCGAGAACAAAUCAGAGGUCAGGCUGGUGCAGCUGAUCAGCGACUUCCACAAGAAGGACUUCUAUAUAAACUCCAAGCCCAGUCCUGACAGUGUGAAAGCAGAAGUGGUGGACUACGCUCGUCUCAACUGGCCCAUCUACUUCUCUAAAUUUUACGAGUCUUACGUGAUUUCAGGUCCUUUACUUCAAGAAAAGGUCACGGUGGCUGUUAACUGGUACGGCGUCUCGUUUCAUGAAGGAAAAGAAGGAAAAACGUACCUGACGCUCUCUUACCCCGAGGUGACGGGGGUAGAAAUAAUCAGUGAGGGAGCUGCUGUGUCUCAGACAAGGGAGGUGGUGUGUCUCUCCACACUGAGAGGGGAGUUCAAGCUGAUGGCAGCUAAUACUCAGAACAUGGUGGAGAUUCUGUCUACGUUCCUCAGCGGGCUGAAAGAGCGCUCUGUUUACGCCGUGGCUGUUCAGGACUCCAACAGACAAGAUGAUGCAACGUUCCUGAGCUGUAAAAAGGGAGAUCUCAUCAACAUCAUCAAAGAUGGACAGUACGCUCCUGAGGGUGGCUGGAUUAACGGGAGGAGCGACAGAACUGGACAAACUGGAGCUGUUUCUACAGACACCAUCACUAUCCUGCCGACCCUGAGUAGACCCUCUAAUGACAUACUGGCUCUGCUGAACCCAGCUCAGAGGAAAUCUGUGCUGACUGCUCCACAGAAGGAGGACAUGAGCGCAGAGACAAUGGCUCAUUCUCUCAAAGACUUCUCCUAUGAGUAUUUCAGAGAGCCGGGUAAGGAUGCAGGGCGUCCAGGGCGAGCCAGGGUGCGAGAGAGACUGUGGGCCCAAUCAAAAGAACCACUCAAACAGCCGCUACUAAUGAGUCUGCAGAAAAACUCAGAGCUCAGCCUGCUGGCCUGCAUCUCUUUCACCGCUAUUCUUAAGUAUAUGGGUGACUAUCCCAUCAAAAGCACCAGGAACCCUGUAGAGCUAACAGACCAGAUCUAUGGACCUGCUGUGCAGUACCCUGACCUCAGAGAUGAAGUUUACUGCCAAAUCAUGAAGCAGCUCACCAAAAACAACAACCCGUUGAGUAAGGAGCGAGGAUGGCAGCUCUUGUGGCUUGUUUGUGGACAUUUUCCUCCCAGUCAGAAUUUGUUAAAACACACCCAACGAUUCUUAGAGUCCAGACCCAGAGAGCCGCUAUCAUCUGCUUGUCUGCACAGACUACAGGAGAUGCUCAGACUGGAAGCCAGAACAGCAGCUCCUCAUCCGGUGGAAGUAGACGCCAUCCGGCAAAACAGCUCCCAGAUCUUCCACAAAGUUCAUUUCCCUGAUAACACAGAAGAGCUUUUUGAAGUCACCUCUACUACACGGAUCCGUGAUCUGUGUCGCAGUAUUGCUGGUAACCUCAUGCUCUCUUCUGCUGAUGGCUACAGUCUGUUUGUGAAAACUGCAAGCAAGGUGGUGAGCAUGAACGAGCAGCUCUACUUCUUCGACAAUCUGAAGGAGCUCACAGAUGCUCCCAAGAAAGGAAAGAAAACCAAAGAGUCCACUCAAGCCACAGUUCCGUAUCUGGUGCUGUUCAUGAGGAAGCUCUGGUUUAACGUGAUUCCUGGGAAAGAUCUGAAGUCUGACCUCAUGUUCCACUUUCCACAGGAGUUGCCGAAGUAUCUGCAUGGUUAUCACCAGGUGGAGAAGCAGGAUCUGAUCUCUCUGGCUGGUCUCCUGUUCAGGGUGAAAGUGGACGCAGACCGAUCACAGUUCGUUAUGAUCCCCAGAAUGAUGAAGGAGCUCGUACCUGCUGAUCAGCACAAGAUCAUGUCCACUGAGGACUGGAAAAAGCACAUAAUCAGUGAGUACAAUAAGCAGGCAGGUAUCACAGUAGAAGAGGCUAAAGUGCGCUUUCUGAGGGCCAUCGCUCCCUGGCCCACGUUCGGCUGUGCUUUCUUCGAAGUGAAGCAAACAUCUGACCGUAGUUAUCCCAACGUCAUCAUCAUCUCCAUCAGCAAACAAGGUGUCAGCCUCAUCGACCCUAAGACCAAGGAGGUGCUGGUUAUGCAUCCGUUCAGCAAAAUCACUAACUGGUCCAGCGGAAACACCUACUUCCACCUGACCAUCGGCAGCCUGGUGAAAGGAAACACACUGCUGUGUGAAACCUCGAUGGGAUAUAAAAUGGACGACUUGCUGAACUCUUAUGUGAACAUGUACAUGCAGGAGAGGAUGCCGGUGAGAGAGAGAAGCCGGCACUUCUAUUAAUUAACAAACUUUAGGUCUUAAAACAUUAUUAAUGAUUACAUUUAUCUUUGUUUUAUUCACUCUGUGAUGUCAUAAAGUCAAAUUGAAAUUGUCUGUAAAAACUCUUAUGAAACUUAAAUAAACCCUCCAGCAUCUGAGUAUGAAAUAAAA